CUCCUUUCUUCAACAAGCUAUGGACGUCUUCUCACCAUCACAGGUCUACUACGACAGAGCGUGUGCUUCAUCUCCAGACAGCCUGGAGUUUGGCCCCGGCGUGGAGCUCGAUGGCUCUGAGGAGGAUGAGCAUGUCAGGGUCCCCGGAGCCCCUCACCAGCCGGGACACUGUCUCCAGUGGGCCUGCAAGGCCUGCAAGCGCAAGUCCAACUUUGUGGACCGCAGACGGGCCGCCACCAUGCGUGAGCGCCGGCGGCUGAAGAAGGUCAACCACGCUUUCGAGGCUUUGAGGCGCUGCACCUCGGCCAACCCCAGCCAACGUCUGCCGAAGGUGGAGAUCCUGCGCAAUGCCAUCCAGUACAUCGAGAGUCUGCAGGACCUGCUACGGGAGCAGGUGGAAAACUACUACUGCCUACCUGGAGAGAGCAGCUCCGAGCCUGGGAGCCCACUGUCCAGCUGCUCUGACGGCAUGGCUGACAGCAACAGUCCAGUGUGGCAACAUCUGAAUGCAAACUACAGCAACAGUUAUUCAUAUGCGAAGAAUGAGAGUUUGGGCGAUAAGGCACCUGGAGCCUCCAGUCUGGAGUGUCUCUCCAGCAUCGUGGACCGUCUGUCCUCAGUGGAGUCCAGCUGCGGACCGGCGGCUCUGAGAGACAUGGCCACCUUCUCCCCCGGCAGCUCCGACUCGCAGCCCUGCACGCCGGAGAGCCCCGGAUCCAGGCCCGUCUACCACGUCCUGUGAAGGAAACUUCACUUUGACGUGAAUAUAUUGCCACAGGCAGGCGCCCUGCUUUUACCAAACACCAGCUGCACUUGCAACAAGAAGAGAUAAGAACUAGUUUUGUGCAAAUCUGAAGGAGACUCGGCUGUUUCUGAGGACCUGUGGCAAGCAGCUUUUAUAUUGUACAUGAGAUUGUAAAUUUGUAAUGUAAAUGCCCAUUUAUUCUAUACAUGCUAUUAUACUCAAUGAGACAUAUUUAAUUAUGACAGUUAAUGUAAUGUUGCAUUAUUCCAACAUGAAAUGGUAUUUAAGCUGUUUUAAUUUCUUACUUUCCAUGUUGUCAUGAACAUUAAAUCUUUUCACUGUUUUGUAUAAAAG